AUGGUUUUCAAGGUGCCGCGCCUUCUCUCUCUGCUCAUCCUCUUCCUCUCUCUUUGCCUCACUUCUCUCGCCCUCCGCCGAGGCCCGGAGACCGAGGUCCUGCGGUGCCUGGACGACUGCGACGGCGAGGACGUGCAGGAGUACAUCACGUGCCACAAGGAAUGCGAGCUCCGAUACCGGGGACGCGAAGAGAGGCGAGAAGAGGAGGAGAGACCUGGAAGCCGAGAGAUCGACCCCCGCUGGCAGCGCCGCCGCUGCCGGCACCGUGGUGGAGGGGGUGGAGGAGGAGAGCGGGAGCCGGAGGGCCCCCGUGGUGAGCGGGAACCAGCAUGGGGCCCCGGGGGGGAGUAUGACCAGUGCCGGCGGCUGUGCGAGCCGUACAAGCCGCGGGAGAGGGAGCGGUGCUGGGAGCAGUGUGAGGAGCGGGAGAGGGCGCGGGAGCGGCGGCGGGACAGAGAGAGGGAGCGCGAGGUCAACGAUGGAGUCCGGAAUCCUUCUCGGUCGGAGAGGUACGAGCGGUGCGAGCGCGCCUGCGAGAGGCAGGCCGGAGGCCAGCAGAGGCAGCUGUGCAAAUUCAGGUGUCGGCAGCAGAGAGAGCGAGAGGAGAGGGAGACACCUGGAGGAGGAGAUGCUAAACUCUUCUACUACGACCGAAGAUCCGCAGCAACAGUUCCAACACUGCCGGCAAAGAUGCGAGCGACAGCAGGGCAGAGAACCGCAGCGCAGGCCGUGCCGACAAGAAUGCGAACGGCAAUUCCAGGAGCAGCAAAGAGCCGGUUCCGUGCGGAAGGAGGUCAAAUCAGAGUGCUCGAGCAGUUCGACAAGAGGUCCAGGCUCCUCAGAGGCCUUAAGAACUAUCGGCCAGAGAUCUUCGAGGCGAACCCCAGUACCUUCGUCUUGCCUCACCGCGUCGAUGCCGAUUGCAUUCUCAUUGUCUUGAAGGGUUAA